CUGAUCGUUCUCAUAUCUGCACGAACAGGGUAACUGAGUAACACCAAUUUGGGAGAAAAGUUUCAGAUCAUGUUUAAAGUUAAGUGAUUUAGUUACCCCUUACCAUUGGCCGAUAAAUACAUCAUAUCGGAAUUUGCAAAUAUUUUAAAAUAUUUUAUUCUUGCAACUGGGCGUAUGAUGCUUGUGUCUUCCUCAUUAUAUUUCAGGGUGAAAUAUAUUCUCCGUAGCUAGUAGGGAAGCCAAAGCUGCUUCAACGUGAUGCCGUGUAAUUAGAUAACGAUUUUAGACAAUAUCUUAACUGGACAGUUUCGAGAGGAGACAGGGGGAACUCACCGCUGUUCACAACUAAACUUCUGUGAAGGUAGCGAGCACGCUCACAAUGCCUGGCCAGUGAGGAGAUGCGCUGCGUGAGACCCCGCCCUGUGGAAGCAAAGCCCCGCCCCGCCGCAGUGAGGGCCCGCCCAUAAGCUGAGCUCAGAGGAGAGGAGAGGAGAGCAGCGUCGCCAUGUCACAGAAGAUACCGUCACCCACCCGCAGCACCAGCAGCUGCUCCUCCAAACAUGACAGCCGGCAGGACAGCUGGGAGAUCGUGGAGGGACUGCGGGGCGGACUCACUAACGUCCAGGAGCCUCAGAAGCAGGAGGGUUUUCUGCUCAAGAGGAGGAAAUGGCCCAUGAAGGGCUGGCACAAGCGAUACUUCUUCCUGGACCGAGGCAUCCUGAAGUACGCCAAGUGCAGGGCUGAUAUGGAGAAGGGAAAGCUGCACGGCUGCAUCGACGUGGGGCUCUCCGUCAUGGCCAUCAAGAAGAAGGCCAAGUGCAUCGACCUGGACGCCGAAGAAAACAUCUACCAUCUAAAGAUCAAUUCUCAGGAGCUGUUUGACGAGUGGGUCUCCAAGCUGCGGCAUCACCGACUCUACCGUCAGAACGAGAUCGCCAUGUAUCCCCAGGAGAAGCCCCUCUUCUUCUCUCACUUCCCCCCUGCGGUGUCGCCCAACCUGUCCGAAAGCGCCUCUAUGAGGAAGCGCACCCCCCUGACAAAGCAGUCCUCCAUCCACACAUCAAGCCCCUUCCCCAUGACCUUCAACAACCAGGCCAAGGUCACCGCCUUGCUGCAGUCUUCUGAGGACAUGGAGAAGUGCUCCAGAGAGCUCUCAGAGUGUGAAUCCUACCUGCUGGAUCUCAACCAUCUCCUGAGGAGCAUGGAGGUCCUACACCGCACCUACUCUGCCCCAUCCAUCAACGCCCUGCAGGCAUCCACGUUUGACAGUCCUAAGAAGGAGAAGAGGCCUCCGAGGAAGUGGCGCACCAAGAACUAUGGGAAAGACUCCAAAACCACUCUCGAGGUUCCCAGCUGCAUUUCCUCAGGGUCAGUCCGACUUCACGCCUCUAACCCGAAUCUGUCCACCGCGGAGCUGGGCAAUGACAAGAACGACCCCGAGGUGCCCGACUCUCCUUCCGACGUGUCCAAACUGCAGGAGGACUUCUGUCGGGUUGCAAGCACCUUGCAUGCCACCCUGAUGUCCACCUUCAGCUCCUUGUCCUCAGAGAGGGACAGACUGAAGCAAGUGCUGGACCAUGAGACAUGUCAGCCCCCAUCUGCCCAGAUCAUGGGGCUGAAGAACGCUUUGACCUCGGCCAUAGCCCAAAACUCAGAACUGAGGGAGCGACUUUCCAAGAUUCAUGCUGAGUCGUGCAUCGUAGAGCCCUCUGUUGUUUUUAAUCUCAGCACGUCCCCCCUGCAGAAGCAAGACUCCACAGAUGGGUCCCGCCCCCUUGUCCAUCAGGCAUCCAAUGAGAGCAGAACUUCCAUCACAGAGUCGUUGUCGGAGUUCUUUGAUGCACAGGAAGUCCUGCUGUCAGCUAGUUCCUCUGAGAACGAGGUCUCUGACGAUGACUCAUACAUCAGUGACAUCAGUGACAGCGUCUCUGUGGACACCUACACCAAUGAAGUGGAGAGUGAAAGAGCCGUCUCAGAGUAUGUGGAGAAUGGCGCCCUCCAGAGGAGACGCAGGUCCUGCCUGCCUGCCCCCAGCCCCAACACCAGCAGCAUCAGCCUGUGGAACAUCCUGAAGAACAACAUUGGGAAGGACCUGUCCAAGGUGGCCAUGCCCGUGCAGCUGAACGAGCCGCUCAACACCCUGCAGAGGCUGUGUGAGGAGCUGGAGUACAGCGAGCUGCUGGACCGGGCCGCCAGCACACAGGACCCCUUCCUCAGGAUGGUGUACAUCGCCACGUUCGCAGUGUCUGGGUACACGUCCAGUUACUACCGAGCUGGGGGGAAGCCCUUCAACCCGGUCCUCGGGGAGACGUACGAGUGUGACCGCACGGACAAGGGCUUUCGCUUCAUCGCAGAACAGGUCAGCCAUCACCCCCCCAUAUCAGCAUGUCACGCAGAGUCCAGAAAUUUCAUCUUCAGGCAAGACAUGCGCUGGAAGAACAAGUUCUGGGGGAAGUCGAUGGAGAUCGUCCCUGUUGGCACAACCCACGUGCAUUUGCCAGGGUUUGGGGACCACUACGAGUGGAACAAGGUCACCUCCUGCAUCCACAACAUCCUGAGCGGACAGCGCUGGAUCGAGCACUACGGCGAGAUCUCCAUCAAGAACAGCAGCAGUGACGUCUGCCAGUGCAAGGUCACCUUUGUCAAGUGUAAGUACUGGAACUCAAGUGUAAAUGAAGUGGAAGGCGUGAUCACUGAUCAGAAGGGGAAGGUCGUUCACAAGCUGUUUGGGAAGUGGCAUGAGGGAGUGUACUGUGGGGACCCGCCCUCUGCUACAUGCAUCUGGAGAGGAAAUUCAAUGCCUGCUGAUUAUGAACAGUACUAUGGUUUCACGAAGUUUGCCAUUGAGCUGAAUGAGCUGGACCCAGCAGAGAAGCCGCUACUGCCCCCUACUGACACCCGACUGAGAAUGGACCAGAGAUUGCUGGAGGAGGGUAAUGUGGAGUCGGCAGAGGUGCAGAAGCAGAGGAUCGAGCAACUCCAGAGAGAAAGGAGGAGAGUCCUGGAGGAGAACAACAUGACACACCAACCGCGAUUCUUCAAGAAGUCAAAGGACGACACGUGGGUGAGCAACAACACAUACUGGGACUUGAGAAAGGACCCGGGCUUCACCAACUUGGACUGCGCUGUGCUGUGGUGACCCGGUGAGGCAGAGCCCAGUCUGUGGCCCACCUGCUUCCAACGGGGCGGAGCCUGGUUCUGAGAACCGCUGCCCCGCCCUCCGACGGACUCGUCCGCUCGCUCCAUGCACCCCGUGCAGCUUGAUUGCCCCCUUGCUCUCAAUAGCAGUCUGUUUUUCCUGCAGCUCAUCAUGUUCAAGGCCUUAAUGCAAAGUGCUUAUGGGAAUUGUGUAGCAUUUGUAUGCAAACAUGUCCUGAAUGUUAAGAAAAUAUGCAAGCUGGGCUCUGCCUGACAUCACUACUUUCACUGUGCACUGAACGUAGCACACAGAGAAGUGGACUGACGCAUCGCAUCGGUACAGAGGGAGGCUUCUCCUCCUUAAACUGCUGGUCCACACUAAAACCUGGUUGUCUUCAUAUGUUAAACUGCACAUUGUAUGAUACUGUCUUAUUGCCUAAUAUUUUCUACCUCCCAUGUGAAAUGGCAUAGAAAUGAUGCUGACACUGAAUUGCGUAUGUAUGACAUUGCAAUGAAUCAGCGCCUGUUCGAUGCCUUACCAGUUACAUAUAGGACACCAUGUUUUAAUCCAACCUGGUUAAAACCGUAUAUUGCUUUUAUUAAAAAACUAUGUACUAUAUUCAAAUUUGUAUGAGUAACAUGGAGCACGAGUGAUAUCUUUGAAAAUUCUUAACGAAAAUUCAUGUCUUGCAGAAUUUAGAAGUCCAAGAUCUUUGUUGACUUUUCUGCAAACAUCAAAAUUGGACUUGGAUUGUUUUUUUAUACUCCGAAUGUAUGUAUGUCAAAUGUAUGUGUGCCGUACAUAUUUGGCCUAUGUUCUAUGUAUCAUGCUAUCUGAAUAAUAACGGCCAUGCUCUUUCAAUGACUGGCGUUCAAUAUAGAUACCAUAAAUUACAUAAAUAAUAUAAAGACCCAAGGGUUGUUACGGCAGUGAUUCCUUUUUACUGCGGUGUGGCAAAUGUGUUGUCCACACCCUGUCGUUAUCAAAUAAACUUAUGACAUUGA